AUGGCUCUGCCGGAAGUCACCCCUGCUGCUCUGGCUCCGGCCGCCGGUCUCCAUGGGAAGAAACCCGCGGGCGUUCGUCCUGAACCGGUCACUCUGAAAACAUUGUUUAAUGGCACGUCUGCCUCUCAGGGAGAGCAGGAGAUUAAGGAGUUGACGGCCAAGGCGUCGGCGUUGCGCAUUAACGAUCUGCCUACAGACAAAAAUGCAGGUGUCAGCGUCAAGGUCAAGGCGGGUGUUGCUGUUCCAGCUGAUCAGGAUCGCGGCAAGGCCAAGGAGCAGGACGCGGAAGAUGAUGGUGGCUACCUUAGCGACGAUCCCGACGAGUGUCAAGAUCCGGUGACGCUCAACGAGAUCGCUGUGCAGGCUAGAGUUGCCAUCACGCUACUAGUUCCUUUCGCCUGGCGCAAGGAGAUUCCGCGCAUCAUUAACACCGUCAAUCACCUGCUGACGGUUUGGGGAAAGCACAUGUCGGAGAACGUGAAGGCGACCACGAGGUGUCAGCAGCUUACGGCGACAUUCCUCUCCAAGCAACAUUUCGGCCGUAUUGAAGUCGUCUUCCUGCUGGAGGCGGACGCAGGGUUCAUGAGGAGCAGAGAGAUCGAACACUACACGACGAAUGAUAAGAAGCUGACGCUCGGCUGGCAGCAUCCGGAGAAUAAGGAGUACCUGAAGGAGCGUGAAGCUCACCCGGAGGCAAUCGAGGUGUUGCUCAAGGGGGUGCCGGCUGUUAUCUCACCAGCGAUGAUCAAGCAUAACCUGGUUUCGGCGAUGCUGCUGAAGCGUGGCCGCACGGCGUUCCGCGAUGGCUCGGCGUUUCACCGCGUGCUGGAUCCUGUGUCGGGGUCGGACACGGACAAGAUAAAGGGCUUGGUGUUCAGGCAUCAGGGGGAUAAGUACAAGUGGUGGCUGCAGCUGCGAGCCUCCAUGCUGACUUCUGUGCAUCCCUUCCCCCGAGCAGCGGCUUCCAUGAAGCUCUCAUCGGCGUUGAAGAUCCUGCAGGCGGACCCUGCCAUGGCCUUGACCUCUACGGGAGGUGUCAGAGAGGAGUGGCUGUGCUCCCAGGAAGACUGCGGAAAGGCUCACGGCUCCAGUUUUGAGUCGGCGGUGGAGCACGUCCAGUCGGUUCGUCAUGGUACCGGGCAGCUCAAGGCGAAAGCGGCGACUCGCCUGAGCAAGGGGAAGCUGAAUCUCGCGCAGGUCAAGAAGGAGUAUGGGAUGAGGGGGGUAAGGAAGCUCAUUGAGUCAGUUACGGAGUCACUCGACAAGGCGGGUAGGGGCUCUUUGGAAAACCUGCUACCAAGACUAACAGCGGGCCUACGUGCGUACGAGAAGGAGGAAAGGAAAAGGGUGACAGCAACGCAGCUGCAUCUCACGGAGGAGGUGGAACGGUUACGGCACAUGGUCAUGGGUGGGCCGACGGACGACAAGGUCAAGGCGCAACUGCUGACCAUGGAGGAACAGUUGGAGUCUUACCGGGAGGACGAGCGGGAGAGGCUGGAAGUGUUUGCGGGCCUCACAGCGGAGAUGCAGGGUGAGAUCCCAUCGCCGUACCUGUCGGCGCAAGUAAAGAUGAGGAAGGAGCGCACGCUGAUAGAGGAGGUACUCUUUCAGGGGCGGCCCCAUCGCCGCCCUUUCAGCGGCCCCGUCGUCGCCCGCCCUUCAGCAGGCCCCGUCGCCCGCCCUUUCAGCGGCCCCACCGCCGCCCUUUCAGCGGCCCCGUCGCCCGCCUUUCAGCAGGCCCCGUCGCCCGCCCUUUCAGCGGGCCCCGUCGCCGCCCUACCAGCGGCCCGUCGCCCGCCCUUUCAGCGGCCCCACCGCCGCCCUUCCAGCGGCCCGUCGCCCACCCUUUCAGCGGCCCCGUCGCCACCCUUCCGCGGCCCAGUCGCCGCCUCCGUCGGCCCCGUCGCCGCCGCCAGCGGCCCCGUCGCCGCCACUUGCGGCCCCGACCCCGCCCCGGCCAUGCCCCGACGCCAGCCGCGGCACACCGGGGGCACGUGCACCGCCCCCCCCCCCCCCUUUUUCCCGUCACCCGUCGCGGCUCCUUCAGGGGCCGCGGCGACCUGGAAAGGGGGGGCAAGCGUCGCCCCCUCUGCCGCCUGCUUUGGCGCCCUGGGAGGCCCUGCGGGGGGGAGGGUCUGGGGGUGGCGGGUGUGGGGGUGA